AUUUUUAUAAAUAAAAUGGCUGAUGGUGAUGUACGCAAAGAGAAGCGAAAGAAGAAGGUCAAGGAGGAGCCAGUGGAUGCCGAUGAUAUUGGCACGCUGCAAAAGCAGGGUAAUUUUCAAAUAAAACCCUCGUCGAAGAUAGCCGAGCUGGACACAUCGCAAUGGCCGUUGCUUUUGAAGAACUUCGACAAGCUAAAUAUUCGAUCCAACCACUAUACGCCCCUGGCACAUGGGUCCUCGCCCCUCAACCGCGACAUCAAAGAGUACAUGAAGACGGGCUUCAUCAACCUGGAUAAGCCGUCCAAUCCCAGCUCCCACGAGGUGGUGGCCUGGAUUAAGAAGAUUCUCAAGGUAGAGAAGACUGGACAUUCGGGAACCUUGGAUCCGAAGGUUACAGGUUGCUUGAUUGUCUGCAUCGACCGCGCCACGCGUCUAGUGAAGUCUCAACAGAGUGCCGGUAAGGAGUAUGUGGCUAUUUUUAAGCUCCAUGGUGCUGUUGAAUCGGUGGCCAAAGUGCGUCAGGGCUUGGAGAAGCUGCGCGGUGCUCUCUUCCAGCGUCCCCCGCUUAUCUCGGCCGUCAAGCGACAGCUCCGAGUGCGUACAGUGUAUGACAGCAAGCUGUUGGACUACGAUGAGAGUCGCAAUAUGGUUGCGAGGCCGGCUCCUACAUCCGUACCAUGUGCGUCCAUCUGGGUCUAGUCCUGGGCGUCGGUGGUCAAAUGUUGGAACUGCGUCGUGUGCGUUCGGGCAUUCAAUCGGAGGGC